CAUUGAGCAUCAUCAUCGAUUCAUACCCUGGUAUGCCAAGCUUGGUAGCAAUGGAGUACAAAACUGCCAUGGAACCUCGGGCUUCUCUAUCCUUUGAAGUUUCAAGCCUUUUACCACCAUAACGUACGCGUCUCUCGCCAAUUGACGCAGCACUGCCUACGAUACAGCGAAUAUCAUGGCUUCAACAUCCUUCUACCGACGCGCCGCCGUCCCCUCGUCACGAGCACUCCAAUUCUCCGUCCGUAGCCCGUCAAUCCUAAUCCGGCCGGCACAAGCGACCUAUACGCGCCAAUUCUCGCUCUCGUCGCGAUGCACGAAGGAGUACCCAGAGAAGCUGAGCACAAACGAGAGUACGAAGACGGAUCAGUAUCCGGAUGACGAGCACUCGACGAAGAAAGCGCAUAAGGGAGAUGACUUCGAUGUUCAGACAUCAAAUGUGAAAGGCGGUAUGGAGUAAGUCAGCCACUCUUCUGCAUUGGCUUAGUCUACGAGCAAGUCGAUAUUUAUUACAUCGGAUCGAGAGACGUCGGAUGUUCCUUUGUUGCAUAUUUCACUGCAGGUUUCUAACCGUUAACGUGUAUAGCAGUGCGAAGAAGUCCAGUACAGGCGGCCACGCAACCGAGGGGCGGGAUUCUGCGGGAGGAGUAGAGAAGGCGAAGAAGGAGCAUCCUGAGGCACCGGACCCAGCCAUCGGAAUGCAGGACG